AUGGCUGUUGAUCAAGUUACCGUCAGUGAUGAGCCCAAAGGCGGCGAGGUUGCAGCAGACGCAGCCGUCAAAGCAAUCAAGGCUGGAAGAAACAAGGAUGUCGACAUCGCCGCCCAAAUUAUCAGCGACUAUGCCGAUCAAAUGGAUGGUGAAUCUUGGUCUGUUGAGGAGGAAAAGAAACUGAUGCGCAGAAUUGAUUGGAGACUUAUCCCGACUCUAUUUGUUUGCGCCACUCUAUCAGGCCUUGACAAAACUGCUAUCUCGGCAGCUGCCAUUUAUAACAUCAAGAAAGAUCUCAACCUUACCGGAAAUGAUUAUUCAUGGGUUGGAUCUGCGCCAUUCUUCGGUGGAUUGGCAUUCAUGGGACCCUUGGCCCUCUGCAUGCAAAAGGUUCCUGCUGUGCCGUUCUUCGCCUUCAAUGUUCUCUGCUGGGGCAUUCUCGAAAUGUGUAUGGCGGCAUGCACCAGUUUUGGAGGCUUGUUUGUCUGCAGAUUUCUCCUGGGUGGCUGCGAAUCACUCCUAAUCCCAGCGGUCACAUUGGUCGUGUCCAUGUGGUAUCGGCCUGAAGAACAACCAAAGAGAAACAGUAUUAUUCUUAACGUGGUCGCUCCCAUCAUCAACGGCUUUCUCGCCUGGGUCGUUGGAUAUUACCCUGGCCCAUUCGAAACAUGGAAGAUUAUCUUCCUUCUCGUCGGAGCGCUCACCAUCAUUACAUCAGUUGUGGUGUACUUCGUGCUCCAAGUUCCUAACCCCCGGGAAAAGUACAUCGUUAUUCAGCGCAAGGCAGCCGAUAACACCGGUGUCGAGUCUAAGACUUUCAAGAUUGAACAAGUCUGGGAGGCUAUCUUCGACAUCAAGACUUGGUUGAUCUGGAUCGCCAUUGUUGCUUUGCAAGUACCCAAUGGUGGACUGACCACAUUCAACACCCUCAUUAUCUCCGGCCUCGGCUUUGAUCCUCUUCAGACCUCACUCCUUGCUAUGCCUCCUGGAGCCAUGAGCACCCUGUCUGGAAUUGGCCUAUCCUAUCUUGCCGCUACCACCAGAAAGUAUCGCACGCCUAUUGUGACAGUCUCCAUUCUUCUGCCGCUUCUUGGUGCUAUCUUGUGUUAUGCGUUACCGCGAACCAACCUUGCCGGACAGCUCGUUGGCCUAUACAUCUUAUACACAUACUGGGCCCCUUACAUCACCCUGGUUUCGGUCUAUCAGGCCAACGUUGCUGGUCACACAAAGAAGAUUACACUAUACGCCUGGUUCUACAUCGCUUGGGCUACCGGAAAUAUCAUCGGACCUCAAACAUUCCGUGCCAAUCAAGCCCCGGAGUAUACCGGCGGAACCAUCGCCAUGAUCGUUUGCUAUAUUGUAGCAAUGUUCGCUAUUACAGCUUAUGGUCUAGUUUGCCAUUUCAGCAACAAGAGGCGUGCUGAGGCAAUUGAAACCCACAUGGCUGCCGACCAUGACUGGUUGGAUAUGACAGACAAGGCGAAUGUGGGAUUCAAGUAUACUACCUGA